AUGCGCUCUCUCACGCACUAUCUCAUACGCACCCUCACGCGCGCUCACGCGCUAUCACACACGCUCUCUCACGCACUCUCUCACGCACUCCCUCACGCGCUCCCUCACGCACUCUCUCACUCGCACUCUCACGCGCACACUCACGCUCACUCACGCGCUGUCACGCGCGCUCUCUCACGCGCUCUCUCUCGCACACUCUCACGCACACUCUCAUGCGCUCUCUCAUGCGCACUCUCACGCACACACUCACGCCCACCCUCACGCGCUCUCUCACGUGCUCCCUCACGCGCUCACUUACGUUCUCUCACGUGCUCUCUCACGCGCUAUCUCACGCGUUCUCUCACGUGCUCUCUCACGGGCUCUCUCACGUGCUCUCUCACACGCGCUCUCAUACGCACUCUCACGCGCUCUCACACGCACACUCACGCACUCUCUCACACCCUCUCUCACGUGCACUCUCAUCCGCACCCUCACGCGCUCUCUCUCGCGCACUCUCACGCGCAUUCUCUCUCUCACGCGCUCUCUAAUACGCAACCUCAUGAUCUCUCUCACGCGCUCUCUCACGCGCUCUCUCACGCGCUCUCUCACGCGCUCUCUCACGCGCUCUCUCACGCGCUCCCUCACGCGCUCUCUCACACGCUCUCUCAUGCGCUCCCUCACGCACUCCCUCACGCACUCUCACGCGCAUUCUCAAACGCUCUCUCAUGCGCCUCUCACGCGCAGUCUCACCCGCACACUCACGCGCUCUGUCACGCGCACACUCACGCGCUCCCUCACGCGCUCUCGCACGCGCUCUCUCACUCGCGCUCUCGCACGUGCUCUCUCACGCGCUCUCUCACGCGCUCUCUCACGCGCUCUCUCACGCGCUCUCUCACGCGCUCUCUCAUGCGCCUCUCACGCGCUCCCUCACCCACACCCUGA